AUGGCGUCUGAAUUCCUGUCACUAGAGGAAGAAAAUUAUGUUCGAAUGAGUCUGCUGCUGACUGGAAUUUCUCCACGUGCAGUAAGAGUCCUGUUUGAUAGUGAAUUUGCUCCGAAAUGUCUAUAUUCUUCAUUGAAGAAGGAGUCUAGCAAACUACGUGAGCUCAAGAGGCAACAUAUAAUUAGUCAGACUCAGUGGGAUCGAUUGUUCCCGCCAUCUCAUGGUGUUCCUGAUUCAAAAAGGUUUGACAUCACGUUGAUGAUAACAUUACUUCGACACCUAACUUCCAUGACUCCUCCUGCUGGUGGAUAUGACCGAUUACCAAAAUCUACAGAGACGACACAUGGUGCUGAUUUGGCAAGAAUCAAGUUUUAUAGAAAUCGCCUUGCUCAUCUGGAUGAUGCCAAAAUAGACCAUGCGUCCUUCAUAACUGACUGGCAUGAUAUUACUAGUGGCAUUUGUAGAAUUGGAGGACAUCAGUUUCAGCUGGAAUGUGAUCAUUUGAAAACCAAACAUCUAGAUCAAACAAGCCACGAAAUAAUGCUGGAAAUUAAAAGUUCGAACGAUGAAAUAAGAGAACUGAAACAGUCUUUGCAAAGUUUAACGAAGCAGAUCAACACUUAUCAGCAGGAUCCACUUCCUAUGAAUAUAAGAGGUAAAACAUAA